UCUGCUAGAGGAGCCGGAGAGGAGCCAUCGUAUUAAAGCGGACCUUAAAGCUAUACAAUGGCAAAACUGGUCCAACUCCCACCGAAGUUCCUUCCUAAGGAGUGGAGUAUUGCUAACCAGACACGCUAUGCCAACGCGGAGGGUCAGAGGUCCCGAUCCGAGAGGCUGGUUGCUGAGAGUCAGAGACUGGUUGAGGAAGUUGAAAAGACAACGCAGAAAACUCAAAAGGAUGUCAACAAGAAGCUAGAGCAGAGAUUAGAGGAGAUCCAGUUUUGGAAGAAAGAAUUAGAUGACAAGCUUGAAGACACAGUUAAUGACAUAGAACAGCUGCUGGCUUAUAAAAUUCGCCUGGAAAAAGCCUUCGAGAGCUGCCUGGAGCCUUUGUUCAUUGCACAGCAAUGCUUAGUGGAAAGAGAGAAAAGAGUUGGGAUAGAUCUGGUUCAUGAUGAAGUAGAAAGAGAGCUCAUCAAGGAAGUGGAGGUGAUCCAGGGGGUGAUGGUGCUACUGCAGAGGACUUUAGAACAAAUUACUGAGCAGAUAAGGUUGAGCCGAUCCGCUAAAUACUACCUGGAAAAGGAUCUGAAAGACAAGUUCCAGGCUUUGAAAAUCGAUAAUCAAUGCAGCACAUUAACAAACAAUACUCCAGACAUCGGAUAUGCUUCCAAUGUUGUGACAAUCCAGGGAAACUCAGUAACCCCGGUUGAAUGGGAGGAUUUCAGCAACACAAAUAUUGUGAAUGCUGAGAAACAGAGAAACAAUUCAGUUUCUCUUCGGGCCCUUAUUGACAGCAUCUUGUCUGAAACAGCCAGCGAUAUGCGAAAGCAGUGUGAUACUGUCAACGUUGCCCUGAAAAACCGCGUGGCAGAGACAAAGGAUGCAAAGAGUAAGCUGGAAGUGCACUUAGCUAAGGUUAUGGAUGAGAUCACUUCACAGGAGAAGAACAUAGAAAGCCUUAAGAAAGCCAUUGCCGAUAAGGCAGGUCCAAUCAAAGUGGCCCAGACCCGCCUGGGGACAAGAAAACUGAGGCCUAAUGUAGAGCUUUGUGGAGACCCUGUCCAGUACAGACUCAUCAGUGAGGUUCAGGAGAUUUCCACAAAUGUUGAAAGACUGCGUGAAACUCUGAGCCAUGCAGAAGCUGAGUUGAAAGGCCUGAUCCGUAACCAGCUAUCUUUAGAAGAGGAAAUUCAAGUUAAAGAAAAUUCUCUAUACAUUGAUGAAGUGAUAUGCAUGCAGAUGAGAGAAACCAUAUCAAUCAACAAUUUCUAAUGUUUGUUUUGCUGUUAUUUAUU